UGGCAUCCUGUGAAAGAGAGUUAGAUUUGCAUCGUGCGGUGAAGCAUAAGCGGCAAUGGCAUCAUCGGAAGGAGAAGAGUCUCAGCAGCCACAACUCGUCCUCGCCGACAAGCUUUUCCUCCUCAAACAACCCGAUGUUCAAGACAUUGACAAAGUUGGAUUCAAGGAGGAUGUCUUCACAUUCGUCAAGGAUCAUGAUAUGGUCCCUUUAUACGAAACCCUAGUCGCCGAUUCUGUUUUGGAUAUGGAUCGUACCCUUUUGGACUCUAUGCGUGCUAAAAUUGACGAUGAGCUUAAGAAGCUUGACGAAAAGAUUGCUGAUGCCGAGGAAAACUUAGGUGAGAGUGAAGUCCGCGAGGCUCACUUGGCAAAAUCCUUGUUUUUCAUCCGGAUUGGGGACAAGGAGAAAGCCCUGGAACAUCUCAAGAUAACAGAAACCAAGACUGUUGCAGUGGGGCAGAAGAUGGACUUGGUGUUUUAUACGCUGCAGCUUGGUUUCUUUGACAUGGAUUUUGAUCUAAUUUCCAAAAGUAUUGACAAAGCUAAAAGCUUGUUUGAAGAAGGUGGUGACUGGGAAAGGAAGAACCGGCUGAAAGUGUAUGAAGGCCUCUACUGCAUGUCCACUAGAAAUUUUGAGAAGGCUGCAACAUUGUUUUUGGAUUCUAUCUCACCGGGUUUGUGGUACUCAAUUAGAGAGGAAGGGAGGCAGUUCCCACUAAGGUUGCGUUUUUUCUAUUUUUUCGGUUUUCACUUGGGAUGUGAAUUGGUUAUGUUGUCAACAUGUUUCUAUUAUCAAGAUAUGAUUUCUGCAACAUUCUGUUUGGAUUAUAUUGGGGAUAUUUUAAGUGAAACCAUUUUUUUUUUGCUUUUGAGUUGUUGGAUUAUUUUGUGGGCGGAUCACUUUGCUGUUACCAAAUGGAGAGAGAGGGAGGAUUAA